GUCAGAAUAGUGUGAUUCCAUCAUCGACAUCUGUUGAUGAAUCAGCUCUUGAAGAUGAUCAGGACAUUUAUAUUCCUGAUAAAAAAGUUGAUGAUCAGCUAUGUUGUUAUGAGGAAGAUUCAAGGAGUAAUUUUGAUCAAAGUGGUGAUGGUUCUGUGAGUUUUGAUGGUGACUCUGAAGAUAUUUCAGAUAGUUCUAAUGUAAAAAUACACUCAGCUAAUGAUGAGAUGUUUGUUAUCACCAGUGCUUCAGGUGUUUAUACAGCAGGUACUCCUAAAAGGAUACCUUUUCUUAAGAAAGGAGCAAGUGAUGAAAGUAUGCUCGAUACGGAUGAUGAGUUUUGGGAUAGCACCUCAACUCCAUCUCCUGGACCUGCAUCAAGAGUUGAAUAUAAGAUAGGAAACAUAGGAACAUUUACGGAUGCUGAUAUACCAUUGAAAUACUGUGCUAGACUUCUUUGUUCAUCAUUUUUAUUAAGUGGAACGCCUGGUUCCUGUAUACCAGAUAAACAUGUUCGAAUCAGUGUAAAAUCUCUUGCAUUGGCUUGUCUUAGUAGUAUUCUCUCCUUCUAUCCUAAAGGAUUUUUCCUGCCGCUUAAUGUAGUGCAAUUGAGUGGAGGAGAUAUGACAGUUAAAGAGGAGCAAUAUAUCUGGGAUGUAAUUUUAUAUGCAACUCAUUGUGACCCUCAUAUUAGAGGUCAAACAGCUGUUAUGAUUGGUCAUUUUCUCCUACAUUCAUCACAAGAAACUGGUGGAUGGUGGUCUAAGUGGCUUUCUAAUCAGAGUGUGACAGGUUCUCCAACUGUGUUAAAUCUCUUAUCGAAAUUGAUGUCUGUUGUUCAGGAUGAUUCAUCUGUAGCAUCUAAACUUGGACUCGUCGGUUUAAAGCAAUGUAUAAAUAUGUUACUAAAUUCCCUUGAUGCUCUAGAAUGUUUCCAUUUGCUGGAAACACUACUGCAAGUCAAGGAUAAUUCUUACUGGCUCACUAAGAUAGAGCUGGCUGAGGUUGUUUCUUCUAUAUCAUUUAAAGUAGUGAAUUAUUUAGAAGGUGAAAGUACUCGUAACAAUCCAUUAUUCAAGAGUACUUGCUAUCAAGAUAAAUUUUUGAAUGGUAUAUUAAUUCCUUUGCUUGGUGAUGAAGAUUUUCGUGUGCGGCAAGCAUCUGCAGUUGCCCUUGUUAAAUUAGUGCGUAAAUUUUUUUUUCCCAUUGAUCAUCCAAAUAAAGAUCCUAUAACUGCAAUUGCUAAGGAAAGUACUGACAUUUACUUAAAUAUACCAAACAAAGGAUCAUCACACUCAACACUACCUCUUGUACAUGGUUUAGUGAAGCCAUUUGCUGUGCAAAGUUCCUGCUCUUACAAUCCAAUUAUAGAUGCCUCUUUAUCAAGGAUUGUCAGUGUACUUGUAACUACAUUAAGAAUGUGCACUAAUAAAUAUCUUAUAUAUGGUUGCUGCCAUGCAUUGUGUUUGUUAUCAGAGGAAUUCCUAGUUACUGUCUUCCCUGAAACAUGGAAUGCAAUAUUUUCAGCGUUCAAGUAUGAAAAUAUUUGUAGUGAACCAUUUCCACAGCUUCUCCAACCUUCUGUCGGACUAGUGUCAGAAUCUGCAUCGAACGAUACAUUUUCCCAGACAUCUGAUAUAUUAUGUCACUUAAUAUCUCUCAUCACCCAUACUUCUGUAUGCCUAGACCUUGUCGCUCAUCAGCAUGUUUUGCAGUUAACUGGAAAUUUGCUCUGUGGUUUGUGGUAUAAAUUUUUAGUAGAAUUUCAUAAUAGUAAUUACCAAGAACUAAAGCAAGAUGCAUAUGUGUUCCCUUUAGUUGAAAAAUUAUUUUUGCAUUUAAUGAGGGUUUUGAACAUAUUUACCCAUGUCUUAGAAGAACAAUAUCCUAUUUCCGUGAGUAAUCGUCCUGCACUUCCUUCUUUACCUAAUGCACCUUCUUUAAGUCCAAUUAAGAGAAAAGGUAAAGUUAAAGAUGAACCUGUUACAAGUAGUUCUGUUAAAGGAUCUCCCAGUAAAGGAAUAGACAAGUCCGAUACUGAAAAAGAACGAGCUAGUAAAAUAAGCGGAACUUUAGGACAGUUUCAUACUUUUCCUUUGUACAUGAAAUUAUAUGAAAUUCUAAGAGGAGCUUAUGGUAGUUACAAGAUAUCUAUGGAUUUUCAAAGCAGCGAAAAAUUCUGCCAUCUUUUAAAGUGCACCUUAGAUGUUAUGUCUCAAAUUUUAGAAGUAUCUGAGUCACAUGAAAUGGGGAAAAGUGCAGAAGAAAUACUUUGUUACUUGAAAUCGUUAAUGGUAAUAGAAUCUUGCUCAUCUGUUCAGUGUGUAAGGCAGUUACUGAAAAGUUUGUUUGGUACUAAUUUGAUAGCAUUGUGCCAGGAGGCACUGUUGGUUCCUGGAAUGUGUAGCAAGGGCAAUGGUUCAAGCCGACUUUCUUCAACAGUUCCAGGACUGUAUCAUACAGUAAUAUCAUACCCUUAUACUGAUUUCACACAUGUAUUAAAAAAUAAAACGAUAAAAUGUCUCUCAUCGGAGGGAAAUGACGAACUAGUCAGGUAAUUUGUUGCCCUAUUAUAACUGUUACAUAUGUAUGUAUAAUUUAAACAAAUAAUUUUUAAAGAAAUAAUGUAUACAAUUUUAAAUCAUAGUUUAUGUCAUUCUUUUUAUAUGCUUAUUUAAUCAAUUUCAAGAAAUUUAGUAUGUAUUAAAACUACAUCAUUUCCUUUUUUUAGAAGUGUGUGAUGCAAAUUAUUCAUAAUUAAAAUAUGAAAAAAGUGUGUUUUUUGUUAUAAUCACAAAUUAUUUACAUAAAAAGGGUAGUAGUUUCUAAAAGUGAAGGAUGGCAUUUUAUUAAAAGAUAUUCUCUUAUAUUUUGAAGACUGGAAGAAGUUUCAGAAAGUAAUACGUAUAUUAACGC